AUGGCUCGUCUGUUGAUUAUGCGGGAGCUUGGGCGAGCUCAUCUCAGAAACUGUUUAGAAAAGCUGAAAGAAAUGGUUCCGCUGGGUCACGAAUCGUCCCGGCACACGACUUUGGGCUUGCUGACUAAAGCCAAGCGGUUCAUAAAGAAUUUGGAAUCGCAGGAGAAAAAACACAUUAUGCACAAGGACACCCUGAGCCGAGAGCAUAGAUACCUGCGGCGGAGACUGGACCAGUUGACCACCACAUUAAACGUGAACAAACGUCGUUCCGUGUCUGAGUCAAGUAGCUAUACGACCGCGUCCGGGGCAUCGACAUCUUCGUCCGCAUGCAGCACAUCUUCGUCUCCAUCUAUAUCUGAAUCAGACGAAGUGGACGUGACCGGAUGGGUGAGCGACACGGGCAGCGUGCAGUCUGGGUCCAGCGACAGUGGCGUUGCACUCUCUACUUGCCGCAUCACAUUAUCCGAAAUGGUCUUUUAGACAAAUCUGUACGGUGACCUAGACACGAGGAAGACGACGAAAACGACGACGAAGAUGAAUAAAAAAAAAAAAUAUAUUUAAAAAAAAAA